AUGACAACGCGCCAGCCCCUCGACACACUUCCCCCACCGUCGGCCAACGUCUUCAAUACACGCUACGCCCACCUCCAACGGCCCACCAACACCAGCAGCGCCAAUGGAACUGCAAAAAUGGAGGAGCAGGGACAUGAUCGGGAAGAUAUGCAGGACGCAGCUUCCGUCGGGUCUGCGCUGAGUGAGCUCGAAAACGAUGCCGAGGACGAAUUCGAGAAGCGCAUGGUACAGAAUGCGCGCGACGAGCGGCGGUUGAAUCAGGCUCUAGGUGGCAGACCACAGGCCUUUAGGAAGGCACGAGCUCAUCCACGUGUCGGGUUGACUCUGGACAACCUCGAGAGGAAUAAUGCGGCGGCUGGAGCGGAUGUGCAGGUCAAAUUCCAAAGUCCGCCGAGCAGCAGUGGAAGCACGAGGAGCGACCCGGCGAUACGUGCGCCUGCGACAUGGGGGAGGAAAGGCCGUGCCAACAGGAGUUGGAUGCGGACUAUCACAUAUGAGGACGGGCAGCAGCAGCAGCAGCAGACGCCAGCCCCGGCCGAUGAUACAAUACACGAUCACUUUGAUGAAGCGGAUGCGAACGUGCCGCGCCGCUCUGUUGAAGACAGUCCGCUUUCGCACAAAGGCACACCACGCAACGACCAAUCCCAAGAGUGGGACCUUACUUUUGAGCUUAACGAAGCCUCCAUGAUCGCAUCGACGCCCUACAUACCACGAAGCACUGUGCUAGACGACAUACGGCAGAGGGAGAUUGAGAGCGUCAAGGAGCAAGCCGUCGCGACAGCCCGGCUGGACCGGAUACGCCAAGCCUCUCCAACACGUCGACGCCCAUCCUCUACGCGGACGGCAGACACCGCAGAUAAUGGUACGAGCACUAGUGAGCAGGCGACGCAGGCGACUCCCUCGCCCAAGAGGAGACUGCGCACGCGGACUCAUUCAUGGCAGUCCAUUGGGAAGGCGCAGCCGGUCACAGGCAUCGGCAAGGAAGAUCCGCCGGUUGCUAUGUAUAAGAGCGCUGAGAACAUAGCUACAGCACAUCGCGAAGUAGUUGCCACGGCUCAAGCUAUUCCUCCGAGACGCAUACCGAACCGAAGAGAGGACUCGCAGGAUCUAUUGCGACGGCUAGCGAGAGUUUCCAACACACCAAGCCCGAGACCGGUAGCACCGUCGAGACCAGGAUCGGCGCCUCCAGGACCGCUGAAUAGUUCAUCGCAGACGGUGGCGACAGACACGUUGCAAUCGGAAAGCCAACAGGCUUCUGUGGAAAAGGCGCCUGUUCCUGCCGAGAUUCCCAAUAUGGCAGCUGCAACCUCGGCCGCAGAGCAGGAGCAAGACGUACCAAAGGAAGCUGAACGACCGUCAGAGCCAACGUCAAAAGCUCCAGGAGAUGCCCAUAAUGUAGACGCUACGCCAAUGCCCAAAGAGCGACCUGUCCUGAAUCCGAAGACUCCAGUGGUAACUGGUGCUUGGGUCGACACACCAGGCCCACGUACUGUACAAAGGCCUGCCGUGACGUCGAGGUCACGUUCACGUUCACGUUCACCCGAGAAAGGCCCAGCCCCCAGGACAGAAGAGCCAUCUGAGGCAGUCACUAUAGAGCCCGUUCGCCCACAACUUCCCAAAUCUGCCUUACAGUCUCUUGUUGACGAAGCGAAAUCUAAAGGCAGACGACGGUCGGUAGACUACGGCGACUCAACCAUCAACUCGCUCGAAGACCUUAUCACUCCUUCAGCCGAAAGCCCAAUGGAAGAAGACACACUCCAAGGCCUCCAAUUACCGACUGAAACUCCCCGCAAUGAAGCAGAACGCCAGCGACAACAAGAACUGCUACAUCUUCACCGCAUGAACGACCGCCUCCGUGCGGCGCGGACCAGCAUUCGCGAUGCAAGUCGUGGCAUGAAGCGUGUCGAGGACCGAGUAGAGCAUGUUGAGGAAGGGGAUAAUGGCGAGAAGCUUAAAGUAGUUAGCCGCGCAUGCCCUUGUGCGACAGAUGGCCAUGUCCAGAACUUCUCAAUGUGGAAGUGGUCGAAGAGUCUGUUUUGGGAACAACGACUGAAGACCCUGCGGCGAGUAUCAAGCAGUCCUUGGAAAGUAUGGGGCGGGCUUACAGGCUUGAGCAUUUUCUUGAUAGUUCUUUUCACUUGGUGGAUAAGUGAAGAGAUCGCUUGUGAAAUAUACUGCCAACCCAUGUACGCUCACUCGUCGCCCUACCCGUUUAGCGUCAAUACGAACGCUCCCAAGUACCCCUUUGUUAUACCAACGCUCGUCUACCGGACCCUCAUCCAAGGCUGGUGGGUACCGAUUUCUUCCUUCUUCUCAUGGAUUGGCGCCACAAUGUGGGCAUGUUUCUUUGGUUUUGAAGGAACGCAUGUUGUCAACCAGAGCGCCAGCCAUACCAUAAGAAGUACAGAUACCAUAAGAGAAAACCGCUGGAUUAGUGAAGAAGCGGCUAAGCUCAUGGAGGACAAAGGGUGGGAUCAUAGCAUGUUUGAAGAUGAGAUACUGCCAGGGGGCCGAUGA